CGACUUUUCUCCUCUCCACUGCAACUCUUCUGCCGCCCAUUUCAACCGUGCUCAGCAGCCGCCCAGCAAAAUAUAUGAAAAAGCAUGGCACGGUCAUUUAAACCGAGCGACAUGCGCGUAGCUAGCGUGCUGGCGUCUCGACUGCUAGCGUUCCCCCGGCGGCCACUCGCUGGCCCGACAUGUGCUCGUCUGCAACAACCGAGACAGCUUUCGGCAUCCCGUUCAUUACGCUCUGCUGCUGCGGUCGAAUCCCGAAGCAUUGUAGAGCUACCCGACCGCAUAUUCCCCAGAUAUUUACAAACAACAAAGCCAGGAUCGUCCCUACUCUCACUACACUGGCCGCGACCUCCGCGAAACUUGCUGCUUGUCCAGAAGCUCUACGCGCCAGAAGUGACGGAAUCGGUUCUGCAGUUUGCUCGCCAUAUACACGCCGAAUACCCUGAUGUCAACAUUAUUAUAGAGCCGCGUGUAGCCCAUUCGAUACAGGAAAAACUCAGCUUCACGCUCUUCGUGGCCGACCGCCGAUCCAACAUUGUCGAUAAAGUCGACGCUAUUGCUACUUUUGGCGGCGACGGUACUGUCCUUCGCGCUGCAAGUCUCUUUAAGCUGCACGGAUCAGUGCCGCCUAUUCUCUCUUUCAGCAUGGGUACUCUAGGGUUUCUUGGCGAGUGGAACUUCGCCGAGCAUAAGAAAGCCUGGAGGGAGAUGUAUAUGAGCGGCAGCGACGUGGCCGUGGCUCGCCGUGCUGCCUUUCCCCGUGACGAUGCAGAGCUUACUGAGCGCGGAGCAGCAGAUGGUGACCAUUCGGCUUGGCAAAAGCUUGCGGGCAAGAGCCAAGGCCAGCAGCGGGCGUCAAGAAUUCUGCUUCGCCAUCGUAUUAAAGCCGACAUCUUUGAUCGCGCGGGCACGAACAUCAACGACCAAGUCUCGGAUACAUUAACCUCAACAAAAGAUAACAAAACAUCCAAUAUUGCCGAACCCAAAGAGUUUUCCCCAUCGCUUCGCGCGAUCAAUGAGAUAUCAGUCCACCGUGGUUCCCACCCUCACCUUGCCAUUAUCGAUAUCUAUCAAAACGGACAUUUUCUUACCGAAACCACUGCUGACGGCAUCUUGGUCAGCACUCCGACGGGAUCAACAGCUUAUAGCCUGAGCGCUGGUGGCCCAAUUGUACACCCGUUGGUCAAGUCUCUCCUCAUCACGCCCAUCAGCCCCUGCAGUCUCAGCUUCCGAUCGCUGGUUCUUCCGCUGGAUACGAAGGUGUGCUUGCGUAUGAGCCCGCGAAACCGAGGUCGCGAGCUGGAUCUUAGCAUUGACGGCAAGCGUUGCUGCGGCGUAUCACCCGGAACGGAGAUCCGUAUCGAAGGCGAGUUUGUUGGCCGUGCUGGCCCCGGCGAAGAAUGGCAUGGUGGAGUGCCUUGCGUCAUCCGCACCGAAGACGACGACCCGUGGGUUGGAGGUUUGAAUGGUCUUCUCAAGUUUAACCAUCCGUUUGGCAGAGAGCCUGCCAUUGAUGACAUGUAAUUAAUACCGUGUACUAUAUAUCACGCCAUCUCCACCAUUUUGGAGCUAGAUACCCAUAUUGCAUAUGUACAGUAGUUAGUACAGUAGUUAGUACAGAAUAUUUACAACUCUAAUUCUUCUCGAGAGUCUUA